AAGAUGUUUGAUCUCAGGACGAAGAUCAUGAUUGGCAUUGGAAGCAGCUUACUGGUUGCCGCGAUGGUGCUCCUAAGUGUUGUGUUCUGUCUUUACUUCAAAGUAGCUAAGGCACUAAAAGCUGCAAAGGACCCUGAUGCUGUGGCUGUAAAAAAUCACAAUCCAGACAACGUGUGUUGGGCCAAGAACAGCCAGGCCAAAGCCACCACCAUGGAGUCUUGUCCAUCUCUCCAGUGCUGUGAAGUAUGUAGAAUGCAUGCCAGUUUUGAUUCCCUGCCACCUUGCUGUUGUGAUGUAAAUGAAGGCCUCUGA